AUGUAUUUUGGAUUACAAACUGGCUGGAUCUCCAUGAUGUCGUUGCAAGCAUCUAUGUUGGGUUUUGCUAUCUUCAAGCCUUGUCAGGCCUCAUUUGGACCCCAAGAGAAUGUCUAUCUGCAAACUGUAGCUGUGGCGACAGCGACCAUGCCGCUAGCAGCUGGAUUUGUGGGCAUUGUGCCUGCUUUGGGCCAAUUAACGACGGAUGACUUACCUAGUGGUCCACUCAUACUUCCUGCAUGGAAGCUUAUACUUUGGAGUCUGGGUCUGGCCUUUAUUGGCGUGUUUUUCGCUAUACCACUUCGAAAGCAAACCAUCAUCAAAGAGAAACUCAAAUUCCCUUCAGGCACGGCUACAGCGCAGAUGAUCCGAGUGCUCCAUGAUCAAAAACAGGGCGACUCGGUUCAAGAUAGUGACACAUUGCAGUUACAGACCUUUGGGCAAGAUGCCCUAGAGGGUGAUCUUGUAGAUGAUGAUGAACGCAAUCGAUUAUGGUCUCUAAAACUAAAAGCCUUACUAUACUCAUUCUCCUUGUCCUCCAUUUAUACUCUGGCAUCUUACUUUUUCCCAUUGCUUUCUGCACUGCCUGUCUUCAAUUGGAUAACCCUCAACUACGUCGACUUUAAGGCUUGGGAGUGGUACUUUACACCCAGCUUAAGUUACAUUGGACAAGGCAUCAUCAUGGCAAGGUGUAUCGUAGGGUGGGGAAUUCUGUCUCCAAUAUCACAUUAUGCAGAAUGGGCGCCAGGGCCAGUCAAUGAUUGGAAGUCUGGAUCAAAAGGAUGGAUCUUAUGGAUUUCGCUCGGUGUGAUGAUAUCAGAAUCCAUUGUAUCACUGCUGAUUGUGCUGGUAAAACAACUAAGUGUAACGAUAUGCUCCUCUGAAGUUCCUCGAUACGCGGAACAACACCAAAAUCUGUUGCAUGAUCAAGAUGAGCCGGAUGAGGAUGCCAGUUGGGCAGAAAAUGAUGAUCUGGACAGUAUUCAUAUAAAUCGAGACGACGAUUUGCCUGCGAAAAAGCAAGUACCGAUCCAUGUUACCAUUGUAGGGCUCUUCUGUUCAGUUGCACUGUGUGUUGUGAUGGUGAAAAUUGUGUUUGGUAGCGACAUCAUGCCAGAGUGGAUGACGAUUGUGUCUAUUAUACUUGCCAUGUUUCUCAGUAUCUUGGGCGUGCGUGCGUUGGGAGAAACAGACCUCAAUCCUGUCUCUGGCAUCUCAAAAUUGAGUCAAAUUGCAGCAUCAGCAAUGAUGCCUGGGGCAACUGUAGCCAACUUGGUAGCGGGAGGCAUUGCCGAGGCAAGUGCUCAACAAGCAGGCGAUCUAAUGCAAGACUUGAAAACUGGUUAUCUACUACAUGCUUCACCAAAAGCUCAAUUCUAUGGUCAACUCAUUGGAUCUUUGAUAAGCUCAUUUGUAGCAACGGGCGCCUAUUUACUAUAUACAUCUGUCUAUAAUGUACCAGGCCCUGAAUUUCCAGCACCCACUGCUCAGGUUUGGUUAGACAUGGCAAGGCUUGUAAACGGACAUCCUUUACCACCGCAUGUACCUGAGUUUGUUAUCGCAUUCUCUGUCUUGUUUGCUAUUUUGACAUAUUUGAAAGAGACCAAGAAGACUGCAUGGCAUCAAUGGAUACCUCAAGGCAUUGCAUUUGCGAUCGGAAUAUACAAUCCUCCAAACUUUACUCUGGCGAGAGUGAUUGGUGGCAUCUUGUGUCAUCUAUGGGAUAGUUAUAUAGAUAACGAUCAAGCGACAUCUCAAGACACAUGGUUCAAAGGUGUAUGCAAACCCUAUAGAGACAUUGGGAAAAUCGCAAUUAUUAUUGUAGCGAGUGGGUUUGUACUAGGAGAAGGUACAUUUGCCAUUGUGAAUAUGCUACUACAUGCAUUACACGUACCUAAUUUGUAA